AUCGUAAAUAUAUUGUAAAAACCGAUGUAUAUCAAUACAUAAAUCCAUCGUAACAUACCAUUUGCUAAAUAUAAAUGGUUUGACAAUUUUGUAUUCUUUUCUUCUUUAUAUUAGAGAGCUUGGAAAAUCUCUCUAUUUACAUCUGCCUUUUCCAGUUCGGUUGUCCUGUCCUAUUGAGAAAGCUUAUGUGGGUGAGGGAAGAAAAGUGACAGCAUGUCAUGCUAGAAAAACUAUCUGGGUCAUCCUUCGUCGAAAGCUCCGAUCCCACUCGUCUCUAUUAGGGGUGGGAAACGGUGCGGUCCGAUCUAGACCAAACCAUAGAUACGGUCUGUGGUCUAGAUCGAGAGAUUGGAACACAGACCAUGGACCAGACCAUAUACUACGGUCCAGACCACACCUGUGCGGUGCGGUCCGGUAUAGUCUGGACCAGACAGACCAUGUUAAAAAAAAUUAACUCUUGUUCGCCCUCCAACCCUUCACCGCUAUCUGUAAAAAAAAUCUAGUGACCAAUAUGCUAGUGAAACAAAAAAAAUUGUGAUCGUAUUAAAUGAGAAGAAAUAUGAGGAUAGAAGUGGGGUUUUUCAAUUUUCAAAUAGCCUUAUUUCCCUAUUCCUCUUUGUGCUACCGCUUCUCUCCUCUCUCGAGUGAUCUGAAGGUUCUCCCAGUUGAUAACAUUUUUGAUGACGUCGAGGUAAUUUCGAACCACUAAGAUGGUCGCAUAUCUCUCAAUAAUUUUCCUUAUCUCAUCAAGGUGAACGAAUUUUUUUGUAGUGUUUAAUUUUUAUCGACUCCAUAGUCUAGACAUUAUCUGUGAAUAUUAUUUAUGAGUCUUUCUAAUUUUUGUGUGGUACUUUGAUAAGGAGAUAACAUAUAAGCGAUCAUUUUGCAAUUUGUUGGCUCUCAACUAGAUGAAGAAUCAACUAACUUUGUUCUUCAAAUACACAUAUGGAGGUUCAAUUUAGUGUUUUUUUUUUUUGCUCAAUUGCAAGUUUAGUCACUCGAAUUGCUAUAAAAUUUCAUGUUUGCCACUCAAAUCAAUUUAUUCCAUUUAUAGUCACUCGAAUUAGUUGAACAGUUCAAGUUCGGUCACUCUCCGUUAACUUUGACUGACGUGGCGGUCAACUCUGACAGUUGACCGUUAAAUGUGUGACGUGGCAAAUAAAAAAUAAUUAAAAAAUAAAAAUUAAAUUUUUAGAAAUUACACAUCAUUAUAAAAAAAAUUAUAAUUAUAAAAAUGAAAAAAAGACAUAUUGACGAAAAAAGUCUGAUCCGUCAAAACUCUGACCGAACUACCUCACCUUCCCGGCUGUGAGAUCUGGUUGGUUGCCGGUUUGUCUCCAAUUCGGGGCAAACGGAGAAACGCAGGAAAACAAAGAUGAAAAUUCCCAACCCGCCAUGAACAAAUUCCCGAGAAAAUUCCUCUCCGUUUCUUAUCGAUUCCUAGCGACCAAACACCCUGCCGAGAAAAAAAAAAUUUCACUUGUUUCUCACUUCACAAACGACCAAAUCACCCGCCAGACAAGAGAUUCCCACUGCCCAUUUCCCUCCCCCCGCCAGAUCAUUCACCACCACCACGAUACAAUAAUGCCGUCGUCGCAAAUCCUCCCCGUCACCACAAUCCACCACCAUAAAUCCCCCCAAAAUUUGGGGAAUUCCUCCUCGCCGCCAAUUGCAGAGACUUCGCUGUCGAUCAAAGAAGAAGACGAAGAGGAGAGUGUUAAUCAGAUGGUGAUGAACCUAGUCAUCGACGACCCUUCAACCCGGCUACUGAUUUCUUCCUCCGACGAGAUUACCACAUCCCACAAGAAGCCUCUGCUGUCGCGGAAUUCUAGUUUUUCAGGUAUUUCCACUGCCAGAAGUAGUACUAGUAGUAGUGGUAGUAGCAGUAGCGAAGGGUUCGGCAAGUUUUAUGAUCACAACAAGAAGAAGAGGCGUCGUCGGACGGCUAGUGAAACGUGUCUGCUUUCCUCGAUUGUUUGUUCAGAUGGUGGUGGCGGUGGUGGUGGGGCGGGGGAUGAAGUGAGCGGCCGGCAGCAGUCGUUGAGCCGUGAAGUGGGUCAUGCGGCGGCCGAGACGUUUCUGCUUACCAGAUUGAGUUUGCAGCUCUUGACCUAUCUUGGGGUAGGCUAUAGAUGGGUGAUGAGAUUUGUUGCUCUUGGUUUCUACUCGUUGAUGCUUAUGCCGGGUUUCAUUCAAGGUUUGUGAUGCCCACACUGCUUUCCUAGUAAUGUUAAGUUACCAUCCAGCAUCAAAGCUUCUAUCUUUGUGUGCAGUUGGAUAUUAUUAUUUCUUCUCCAAGCAAGUGAUCAGAAGUGUAGUUUAUGGUGAUUUGGUGGCGAGAACUACUACAUCACCUUCGACGCUACUGACCUGCUGUCGUCUGAUCCUAAUCGUGCUAAGAGAACCUAUCAAGCUGAGGUUUACCGGAACAUUAGUGGCGUUCUGUCAAAAAAAAAAUUAUAAUUUCUUUUUUUUUCAUUUUUUAUAAUUAUAAUUUUUUUUAUAAUGAUGUGUAAUUUCUAAAAAUUUAAUUUUUAUUUUUUAAUUAUUUUUUAUUUGCCACGUCACACAUUUAACGGUCAACUGUCAGAGUUGACCGCCACGUCAGUCAAAGUUAACGAAGAGUGACCGAACUUGAACCGUUCAACUAAUUCGAGUGACUAUAAAUGGAAUAAAUUAAUUUGAGUGGCAAACGUGAAAUUUUAUAGCAAUUCGAGUGACCAAACUUGCAAUUAAGCCGUUUUUUUUUGUCCAAUUUAGUAGGUAAUGUGCCGCGGUCUGUUACGGUUUACUGCGGUAGACCACGGUCCAGACCACGCACUAAAGGAGGAGACCGCAAACCAGACCAAACCAUAGUUCUGGUCUCACGGUCCAGACCAAACCAUACGAUACAGUCUAGACCGCGGUUUCCCAUACAGUUUGGUCUGGAUUCCCAGCCCUAGUCUCUAUUGGUCUCACUCACUCUCGAUUACCUCUCAAUUUUCAUAGUCCCACCUUAGCUUGUGGUUCGUGUCUUUCGAAUGUCUAUUGUAUUGAGUUCCAUACCAUUUGAUUUCAUAUCACAAAUCUCUAACUAAUCAGAUACUCCAAACUUGAUAACAUUAAUCAUAUAUACAUUAAAAAGAAAAAACACUUAAAAAGAAAAAAAAAACACGAAGGUUGAUACUUUAAGGGCUAGCUUACUCUGUUGUAACUUUUGAUUGGAACUUUAAAGAAGCAUUACAAAAACUUAAUAUAAGAUGACUGAAAUGGAUUUAUAUAUAAAUAUGUAUACAAAGUCAAAUAAAUAAAUAAAUAGUCAGAAUGAAUCUUGUUGAAUUUAUUUUAUUAAAUAAUUUAAUUUAACUAUUAAGUUAUUAUUAAAAUUAUAUAUAUGAAAGAGAUUUAUAUAACAUUAUAAAACUUAUAAGGAUAAUCUUGUAAUUCAAUAUUGAUUUUUGCAGAAACUCCAUAUCGGAAUUUAUUUUUUAUGCUUGAAAAAUAAUUUUCAUCUUUUUCAAAAGUCGUGCUUAUGUAGGUAUUUGGCUCAAUUUUAUCUUUUGAAGUAGAAAAAUACUUUACAAGCGAACUUAUGUAGGUAUUUGGCUAAAUAUUCAAAUGCACUUUACACUCAAAGUAUUUCUAUAAGAACAUCUAAUUUAUAUUUACUAUUUUCAGUUCCCCUUAUACUUGAGGUUAGACCUGCAAAUUACAAUCCGACCCGUUGACCUGACCCAUACCCGCCCAAAAAAAAAUAGAAGUUUUUAAAAUCUUAAAACUGAAUAACCCGACCCGAUUAACCUGUGAUUUUUGGGUCCGGUUGGGUGGGUUAGCGGGUCGACCCAUUAGACCCGUUUCAUUUCAUAUGUCACUCUCAAAAUGAUAAAAUCACUCAUAAAUAGGUAUGUUUAGAAAAAUUCAUGAGGAUUUGAAAGGGUAGUUUAAGAAUAUAAUCAAAUAUCAUGG